ACUUCACAUAGUUAGGAACUUGUUGUAAUCAUGUAAUGAGUUGGUAUUUGGAUAGAUUCACCUUGAACUUAAUGCUUAGGUCUUAUCAAAGUAUUUUCGUACCUAAACAUAUAAAUGUUUCUAGUUGUGUUUAAACACUUCUGUUUAUGUUUAUUGCGAAAUUUUAACAAUGCAAGACAUAUAAUGAAUAUGCAUAUUUAAUUUAAUAACAUAUUACACUGUAGAUAAAAUUUAAACCCGACAAGCAUAAUUCUUAUCACUCUUUAAUAUGUACUAAUAGAAAUAAUGUUUUAACCUUGGACAACGUUUUAAAAAUUCAGUUAAGUCGUCAACAUACACUUAAUGGAAUUUUAAAAACGAUAUCCGUUAUUUGACUAGUUGAUAAUUUUUUGCGAUAAAAAUGAAAGGGGUAUUUAAAAUGACUUCAAAUUCUAAUCAUCUAAGUGGAUUAAAUGGGAUUUACAAAACGUAGAAACUCGAAAGUUUUGUUUAGGUAAUAUUUAUCCCAUUAUCGAAUUUGUAGUUUUAGAAAACCUUCUCUUUGUAUUCAGAGUUUUUAACAUCUUAUUUAGUGAUGCGAACAGUGUAAAUUAUUAUGACUUGUACCGUGUCAGUAAUGACACACUAAACUUAUUUAGCUGUGAAAGGUUACACUGCGACACGAACGAAAGGCAUUGAAACGAGUAUUGCCCACAUCGCAUCUCGAUCUCACACAUGGACUUCCACGUCUUUAUUUUUUACUUCAUUAGUUUUCUACACGGCAAAUACAUCGUAUAGCCAUAUAAAACAUGUCGAUUCAUUAAUGAUGUAGAUACAGACAUUGCCGUACUACUUCCACUAGUCAGUGAUUGUGCGUUUGUUUCCGCACUAACACAGUAUUAAUAGUGAAACUUAGCGUCUUCAUCUCUUAAAAACAAUAUUUUCCUAGCAGUUCAUCGAGUGACAUAUCAUAAGUUGAGUUUUAAAUAUAUUAGUGUAAAAUAUGUUGAGAAAGAAAGUGCUGCUUGUUUCAAUUUUAAAUUUAAUGGUAUUAUCAAGUUUUCAAAUGGAACUAAACUCUUCAGAUUUUUUGAAGGAAGAUGAUAAAGUUUCGUUCUUUACGAAUAAGGCGGUUGAUAGAAUUUACGUUCCUGUAGCAAAAUAUCCACUAAUAACAUGGAUGGAAAUCCAAGAUGGACGUUAUCCGAAUAGUAAAACGCUAAAAAAAGAUGUGCAAAUCGGUCAACCGAUUUCAGUCGUUGUUUAUGUCCAAGAUCGCAGCCGAUUGUACGACGUGAUAGUCAGCGAUUGUAAUGCUUUCAAUAUCGAGAAUGAGAAGAAAAAAAGCGUGCAGAUUUAUCCGGGAAGCACCGAUCUUCACAAACAAAAGAUGCUCACGUGGACGAAAGAGAAAGAUGAGAAUGGUAAUAUUGUGUUGUUUUCAACGUUUCCGGCUUUCAAACUACCAGAUAGGAAAACUUUAACGAUCGAAUGCAAUCUAGAGAUUUGUUACAAUGCGUGUCAUCGUUAAGUUCAACUCUAAGUAAAAUAUAAAUUACAAUAGAUGACAACACAUAAUUACACAUUGUCUAAGUAUAUAACAGGCAUGUAGUAAACUUAAUUUAAAACUUUGUUUUUUUAUGACAACGAAUAUAGAUACACGCGUAUUUUUGUUUGAA